UUUUUCCAGAACAGAUUCGUGAAUGUCCUUGGACACGCACAAAGACUUCCUCGAUCAGGCAAUUUUCCUGCAUAGUAGCAAUAUCUGCUGGAAUUUGGGAUUUCGCUGCGUGGUGCUGCAAAUCUCCACCCCGGAUGCCCACACAUUCCCCUCCCCCUUAGCCUAACCAUAACAUUUACCACACACACACGUUUUGGGUUGUUCAUGGUGCGGAUUUGUGAGAGAAAGAUGAAGUUCUUGGUAGCAGUAACAGUAAUCGUCGGUUCUGUCGUUUUCCUGCUCUUCCCUAAUGGGUCCAAUGCUGAUGAGAAAAAGAAAGGACCCAAAGUUACCGCCAAGGUGUACUUCGACAUGCGAAUUGGAGAUGAGGAUGUAGGGCGUAUUGUUAUCGGCCUGUUUGGAAAAACCGUUCCGAAGACCACGGACAAUUUCAUCGCCUUGGCUACCGGAGAGAAAGGAUUUGGCUACAAGGGCAGCAAAUUCCAUCGGGUGAUUAAAGACUUCAUGAUUCAAGGAGGCGACUUCACCAGAGGAGAUGGAACUGGAGGAAAGAGUAUCUAUGGUGACCGUUUCCCUGACGAGAACUUCAAGCUGAAGCAUUAUGGUCCCGGCUGGUUGAGCAUGGCUAAUGCGGGCAAAGACACCAAUGGUUCCCAGUUCUUCAUUACCACAGUGCAGACUCCAUGGCUUGACGGCAAGCACGUCGUCUUUGGCAAGAUCCUGGAGGGAAUGGAUGUGGUGCGGAAGAUUGAAGGCACGAAAACAGACAGCAGAGAUAAACCUCUGAAAGAUGUCACCGUCUAUGAAUGUGGCAAGAUCGAGGUUGAGAAACCCUUUGCUAUUGCAAAGGAGUAAGUCGCCCCCAGGGGGGAAGCAGGACUCUGGGAUUCUGGGGAUUUGAAAGCUGUGCUGUACCACUAAUAUUGUAGUGGUGAAUGUGUGCGCGGCACAAAGUCAGCUCAUCACUCCCCAUUAUCCUACACCUGUAGCGGUCCGCCAAACGGCACACUUUGGGUCUAUCUCAGAGGCAUUCCACAAUAUCACACUGACUAACUUAACACCUGCUUUUUGUAAACAAAUCUUCAAUAAAGGAUCCAGGUUUUGUUAA